AUGGGAAACUUUUGUCGGAAGCAUUGCAUCUGCUUGAAGCCCUGGGCCCCUUGUAUAUUCUCGGGGGGAGAAAGUGAGCAGGAUGAGAAGGUCGGCCAAGUCUUCACCAACCUUGCCGUGGUGGGAGAUGAUUUCCAAACAGUGCAGAAGGACAGAGACAGUAAGAUUAAAGAUAAGCCUUUGCCUCCGCUGCCUGAGCAGCACCUGGUGAAUAUUCGCAGAUUUGUGGCACUCUUUGACUAUGAGGCUCGCACUGAGGAGGACUUGAGCUUCCGAGCUGGAGAUAAGCUUGAAGUGCUGGAUGCUUCCCAUGAGGGCUGGUGGUAUGCUAGGCUCCUCCUGCCAAGGGGGUCAGUCUGUCCUGGCCACAAGCUCCAGGGCUACAUCCCUGCCAACUACAUAGCUGCUGACCAGAGCAUCGAAGCUGAACCAUGGUUUUUUGGUGCAAUCAAACGAGCAGAUGCAGAGAGACAACUGUCAUAUCCUGGAAACCAGGCAGGAGCCUUCCUAAUCCGAGAAAGUGAAAGUCUAAAAGGCGAAUUCUCACUUUCAGUUUUUGAUGGUGAAUCUGUGAAGCACUACAGGAUCAGAAAGCUGGAUGAAGGAGGCUUUUUCCUAAGCAAACGGAAAACUUUUAAAACUCUGAAUGAGUUUGUUGACUAUUACAGUAAGAACAGUGAUGGCCUCUGCGUGACACUUAGGAAGCCAUGUCUAAAGGUACAAAUUCCUACUACUUUUGAUUUGUCUUAUAAAACUGUGGAUCAGUGGGAGAUAGACCGAAACUCUCUGAAAUUCUUGAAAAAAUUAGGAUCUGGUCAGUUUGGUGAGGUAUGGGAAGGACUGUGGAAUAAUACCACUCCUGUGGCAAUCAAAACAUUAAAACCAGGUUCAAUGGAUCCAAAGGACUUUCUGAGGGAAGCACAAAUGAUGAAGAACUUGAGACAUCCAAAGCUAAUACAGCUUUAUGCUGUUUGUACUUUAGAGGAUCCAAUUUAUAUUGUUACUGAGCUGAUGAGAUAUGGAAGUCUUCUAGAAUACCUUCAAAAUGAUGCGGGCUCCCAGAUCUAUCUGUCACAUCAAAUAGAUAUGGCUGCUCAAGUGGCUUCAGGGAUGGCUUACCUUGAAUCUCAAAACUAUAUUCAUCGGGAUCUGGCAGCCAGGAAUGUCCUUGUUGGGGAACACAAUAUUUACAAAGUAGCAGAUUUUGGACUUGCAAGAGUUUUUAAGGUAGAAAAUGAAAAUAUAUAUGAAGCUAAGCAUGAAACAAAACUCCCAGUGAAAUGGACAGCCCCUGAGGCAAUCCGCUUGAAUAAAUUCAGCAUUAAGUCAGAUGUGUGGUCAUUUGGAAUACUUCUAUUUGAAAUAAUCACUUAUGGGAAGAUGCCCUAUGCUGGUAUGACAGGACACCAAGUGAUCCAGAUGCUGGAUAAGGGGUACAGACUUCCUCAGCCAGACAACUGCCCAAAGCUGCUCUACGAUAUCAUGCUGCAGUGCUGGAAGGCAGAGGCCAAAGAACGGCCCACGUUCGAAACCUUGCAGUGGCAGCUGGAAGACUAUUUUGAAGUGGGUGAUUCAUCCUAUGCAGAUACACAUACUAUUUUAAAAUGAACCCUGAGGCAGGGACUGAAGAAAAAACUAAUGAUCACUUCAAUGAACCUGACUGGAAGGGUCACUGUGAAAUCAAUUUAACCUCAAAUGUAGAACGAGAGGUUAUUAGAUAAAAUUAAUGAAUUUGGUACAUUUUCAUGCCUGUGUCAAUACUCAAAGAUACAUCAGAUUUUUGCUGCUGGUAAGUAUUUUGCAAGACUAAGUAUCAGAAGGCUGGAGGG